AUGAGCAUUAAGGUGGCGGGCGCGGAUGAUGUGGACGAUUUUGCCCGCAUGCUGCAGACAGGUGAGUCUCAGCACGAAGAGAUCGGCCCUGACCGGUUGAUGAUGGACACGCUCUUCCGCGAGGAUCGUCAGGAUCCCAUGCGCAAAUGGGACGGCAACUUCAUGCAAGGUGUCGACGAGUUCGACCACAGAUUCUUCAAGAAGAGCCCCAGAGAGGCCGCCACUAUGGAUCCUCAAAAACGUCUGUUCCUGCAAGCGGCGUAUCAGGCUGUUGAGUCAUCCGGAUAUAUCACCGAGACGGCGUACGUGACAAGAAACACGUCGGUGUCUACUUGGGGGCUUGUGCAGCCGACUGUGAGCACCACGCAGCAUGUUACGGUGCCAAUGCCUUUACGGCUACGGGCAACCUCAAAAGCUUUAUACCAGGAAAAGUAUCGCAAUACUUCGGAUGGACAGGCCCCUCGAGUAAGAGAAACUCCUAUAAUCAAGCCCUUUCCCACUCUGUCGACCAACCACGAGCAAUAUGCUAAUCUGGGAAUGGUAAAAGUGCCAUUGGAUACUGCCUUCUCGGCCUCUGCCGUAGCGAUUCACACGGCGUGUCCAAAUAUUCUCUCUGGCGAAUGUACGGCGGCUCUGGCAGGGGGCGUUGCGGCCAAUCUCGACCCGCCUGAUAUAUCAUUUGUAGAGGCACACGGAACCGGAACGCCAGUCGGCGACCCAACUGAGUACGAGAGUAUACGGACGGCUCUUGCAGGUCCAUCCAGGCGUACAAGUCUACCUAUUGGAUCAGUCAAGGGUCAUAUUGGGCACACCGAGGGCGCAAGCGUCACGUCGCUUCAACCGUGGCCACAGGAGUGCAAAGCCGCUCUGAUUAACAACUACGGGGCAUCAGGCUCGAACGCGUCCAUCAUUGUGAUGCAGAACCCGCAGGCUGGGGCUGUCACCAACACUAUAUCGGCUACGAUGCGUACUAUUACUGAUGCUGUCACUCCCCAGCGCCUCCCUUUCGGGAUCGCCGGCCUUGACGUCCACAGCAUUAGCGUAUACUGUGCCAAACUUGCCGCGCAGUCCAAUCGAUCCCUGGCCAACGCUUUCGUCUUCAGCUGCCGCUCAACAGCCGAGCUCAUCGAUACUCUGGAGCGCGCCUGUACCAGUCCCACUGAGGUCGGAAUUGGAGCGAUCAAGGCGGAACGGCCUGUGAUUCUCUGCUUUGGAGGUCAAGUAUCUACAUUCGUCGGACUGGACCUCAAACUCUACGAUAGUGUGGCGUUGCUGCGUCAGACAGCACCAAUCUGCCGCACCACUUUGGAGAUCACCAGCGUAUCUGGCCCCAGUGACAACCAGCCCCAGACGCAUGUAGAAGCCCGUUUGCAUAUUCGCACAGCCUCCGACCCGACCUACCAUGCUGAGUUUGCCAGGUUCGAUCGUCUUGUCAGCUACGAGCGGUGCGUAGAUCUGCUGCGCCUCGGAGUGGAGGACAUCGACCAAGACCACAACGAUGUGGAUGUUUUGCGAGGGCGGAACGUCUAUCGUGCCUUUGACGAGAUCGUCCACUAUCAUCAGCUGUAUCGCGGCGUCAAGACCGUGGUAGGAUAUCGCGGCGAGACGGCGGGACGCGUCGUCUGCAUGCACUCGACGAGCGGCGCGUGGCUCGAUGUCCCGCUGAGUGACAACUUCAGUCAGGUCGCUGGUAUCUGGGUGAACUGCAUGACGGACCGUGAUGAUUGUGACAUGUACUUCGCCACUGGCUGUGAAAAGUCCAUGCGCUCACCCCACGCUGCGGCUGCUGGCGAGGAGCGCGAUAACAAUGAUGACUCUGGCCCGGCUGCGUGGCAUGUUUUUGCAUGGCACAAGCGCCAGACAGAAAAGCUUUACAUCUCGGACGUGUUUGUCUUCGAUGCCCGUACCGGCAUGCUGGCUGAGAUCAUGCUAGGGAUCCAAUACGCCCGCGUCAGCAAGGCUUCGAUGGUGAGGCUACUGACUAGAUGGACGGCUGACGAGUCGAAGUUAGUAGCAGCUGCUAAAAAGGAUGGGGUUGGCCUUGCCACUCAGAUGCUGUCUUGGAGCCAGAUGAAACCUGGAAGCUAUGUCGAUACAGGUGGCGGUAGUGGAGUUGCAAAGGGUGGUCCACCAGCUCCUCAAACAGAGAAAACGUCUGCAACUGGCCUGGAGCGCUCAGAUAUCACUGAUGAUGUUCGAAAUCUGGUGUCAAGCGUAACAGGCGUUGAGGCUAGCGAGAUCGGCGACGACUCGGCACUGGCAGACUUCGGCAUCGACUCUCUGAUGGGCAUGGAGCUUGCUCGAGAGGUUGGGAUGGCUUUCGAGUGCACGCUCGACCAGAUGCAACUUAUGGGAGCAAAUCCCUUCCGCAGCUUUGUAGUGUGCAUCUCGAACACCUUGUUCGGUGAUGAGGACAAGGUACAUAUUGUUCCGGGGCCGCCCAUGCCGUGGGAUAUAACGUCCACCAGGAUGAAAAAAAACGGCUUUGAGGACUAUAACGAUAGCACGACUACCAGCAGCGAGGACGUCGACACGGGUGUGUUCACACCUCGCGAGGUAUUCGAAUUGAAGCACGCGUCCGCAAGAAGUCUGAAACUGGAACUGGCCGACAUCCUGCAGUCCUUUGAGGCCGUUAAGAGUCUCUCUGAUCAGCGCAUCCGCGAGUACCAUCUUGACAACACGGCACAGGUCGUCAUUGCCGCCACCAACCGACUCUGUGUCGCCCUCGUUCUGGAGGCCUUUGACGAGCUCGGCUGGCCUCUGCGAACAGCCAAAGCAGGCGAUGUCCUGCCGUGCGUCUCAUUUGCUCCCAAACAAGAGCAGCUUAUGGAAUUUGUCUUCAGUUUCCUCAGCAGGGACGCUCGUCUUGUCAACAUCGACCCAGCUUCAAGCCAGAUAACCCGUACGCAUAUAGCAGCGCCACGCAUAUCCAGUAAGUCCGUCUUGCAGGAGCUCUUGGACUUGUAUCCCGAGUUUGCCAUCGCUAACAACCUCACGUACUAUGCUGGAAAGCACCUCGCUGGUGUGCUGACCGGUAAGACGGAUGGGAUUAGCGUCCUGCUUGGCUCCGUUGAGGGUCGCAGGCGGGUCGAGGCGCUAUACUGCGAGCAUACCUUCAACCGUAUGAACUACAGCUAG